AUGAGUUCUUAUUUCGCGAACAACUACAUGCCGGAUAUGCGAAAUGGUGGCGUAUCGGCAGAACAUCCACACCAGCACCAACACUAUGGUGCGGCAGUGCAAGUGCCUCAGGGAGGUGGAGCGGUUCAGACGGAUCCGAACGCGUGUGGCGACCCUUCGGUGGUGGGUCUGCGGCAGGGCAUCCCCCCGCACCACUAUGGAGGCCCCCCUGCCGCCGGCCAGCCACCGCAAGGGAUGCCAUACCCUGGGUUCCCUCCCUAUGACAGGAUAGACGUGAGGAACGCAGGGUACUAUGGUGCCCAACCCCAACAAAUGGACGGUGCGCAAGGGUACAGGCCCGAUAGUCCGAGUAAUAUGCACAUGGGCAACGGUGCGCCCAGUGGACACCAAAAACCUGUAGUUUAUGCGAGCUGUAAGCUCCAAGCGGCGUCUGUAAGUCCGAACUGUGUAUUAGGACCGACGGGCAGUCCGCCACUGGAUACGUCGCAGCAGAUGGGCAACCACCACAUGGGUCACCACAUGCAGGAGCAGCAUCCGCAGCAUCACCAACAGCCCCAUCACCAGCAGCAACACAUGUUGUACGGAGCGCAGCAGAAUGCGAAUAUGCAUCCCCAGGCGGCUCAUCAGCAAGCUGCGAUACCUCAGCCUCAGGGUCAGCAACAGGCCAACAACACGGCUUCUAGCCACCGAGUCCACUGUAUCCUUGGAUGA